UCCUUCCACCGAGGGGUUAGGGCCAUCCCCCAUUUUUCUCACCUAGGAGGCGGCGGCGGCGUCGGCAGCUUGCGAUGUUUGGCCUCAAAAGAAACGCAGUAAUCGGACUCAACCUCUACUGUGGGGGGGCCGGGUUGGGGGCCGGCAGCGGCGGCACCUCCUCUUCGGGAGGGCGGCUUUUGGCUUCGGGGAAGGAGGCCACGGCCCGGCGGGAGGUAGGGGGAGGGGAAGCCGGUGCGGUGAUUGGCGGAAGCGCCGGCGCGAGUACCCCGGCCACUCUCGCGCCGGACGCCCGGAGGGUCGCGCGGCCCUCGCCCAUUGGCGCCGAGGGCCCCAACGUCACGGCGACCCCCCCGAGGCUGCUGUUCUUCGAGCCCACCCGCCGCGCGUCGCCGCCUGAAGAGAUGGAAGGCCCAGCUGCCGACGCCAUCAUGUCGCCCGAAGAGGAGCUGGAUGGGUACGAGCCGGAACCUUUGGGGAAGAGGCCUGCUGUCCUGCCUUUGCUGGAGUUGGUGGGGGAGGCCAGCAGUGGCCCCUGCGCAGACGGCUCACUGCCCUCGACGCCACCCCCAGCAGAGGAGGAAGAAGACGAGUUGUACCGGCAGUCCCUGGAGAUAAUCUCUCGGUACCUGCGGGAGCAGGCAACGGGCGCCAAGGACGCGAAACCACUGGGCGGGCCUGGGGCUGCCAGCCGGAAGGCGUUAGAGACCCUCCGACGGGUCGGGGACGGGGUACAGCGCAACCACGAGACGGCCUUCCAAGGCAUGCUUCGGAAACUGGACAUCAAAAACGAAGAGGAUGUCAAAUCUUUGUCUCGAGUGAUGGUCCAUGUUUUCAGUGACGGAGUAACAAACUGGGGCAGGAUUGUGACUCUUAUUUCUUUUGGUGCCUUUGUGGCCAAACACUUGAAGAGUAUAAACCAAGAAAGCUGCAUCGAACCAUUAGCAGAAAGCAUCACAGAUGUUCUCGUAAGGACAAAACGAGACUGGCUAGUCAAACAAAGAGGCUGGGAUGGGUUUGUGGAGUUCUUCCAUGUAGAGGACCUAGAAGGUGGCAUCAGAAAUGUGCUGCUGGCUUUUGCAGGUGUUGCUGGAGUAGGAGCUGGUUUGGCAUAUCUAAUAAGAUAGCCUUUUAAGUGCAAUAACUGACUUUUAACCAACCCCAUGCAACAAAAACAUGUGUGACUGCUGUGAAAUCAAAUGUAUUUAUGAAGUUGGACUUUGAGCUGUCCAGGCUGUAACCUCCGAGAGUUCUCCAGCAACGUAGAACAGCAAGUGGCAAGAGGAUUAUGGCUAACGGGAAUAAAUACAUGGGAAAAGUAGUCCCCCUUGAAGAGUCACUGUCUAAAAGAAGCAAAGUUCAGUUUCAGCAACAGGCAAACUUUGGGAGGCCAUGGAGAAGAACUUUUAGAUUUAGUGAAGAUGGUAGGGUUGAAGAGACUUAAUUUCCUUGUCUAGAACAGGAGAGUGGCCAGUAGCCAGGCUAGUCAUAGAGUCCAUUAAAUAUGUCCACUGAAUUCAUUAACUUCUUAAAGUGUUAAAAGAGAAGCACUAACAAUGGCAUUGAUCUGUAUAAAAUGGAUUUAAGCUACAGGUAUUAGAACUAUGACUAGAAGCCUCAGUACUGUACAACAGAGUGUGAAGGGAAGCUUUUUCUCUGCAAUUAGCCUUCCCAGGUAUACUUCUUGAAUGGAAAGUCCCAAGGGUUCAGGACUUUUAUACCUGUUCUACUUUGGCUUGGUUGAGUGGUUUAGUUUAUUAGCCUAGUAAUGGCCAAGAAUACUUGACUUAAGGCUCAAUAAUCACAGUUGCAAAUAUGAGAAUAUCCUCAAUUUUUAAGGCAAAAACAACUUGUAAAUGUAUUGUCUGUAAAAAUUGUAUAUAUUUUUACAGAAAGUCUAUUUCUUUGAAAUGUAAAGGGAUGAAGAGUCUCGAAAUACAUUAGUUUUUUCAUACCCGUUUGAAAUUUACAACUUCUGUAGUUAGGAAUCUAUUUCUUACAGCUUUUCUAUUCUAAAUUUUGUCCUGGUCAGUUCUAGAUUGUAUACAGAACCAAUCGGUGUAGUUGUACACAACUUGGUUGUAAUGGAACAAUACUGAUUCAUAACUAUGCAGACUUUAAUUUUCCUAUCUGGUUGGUAAGUAUUCCUCAGUUUUUGUUUUUGUUUUUUUAAACUUGGGAUUGAGAAAUUGAGGAGUGGAAAUUCAUCCUUUCACCUCCUUACAUGCGGGUUUUCAAUAAUUGAGUCAAAGUGGAGUUUAAGUUUGGGGCAGGGGGCACAUGUGGGCUGAUGACUUACAAAAUAAUGGGCUCUGGUUGGUGAGUAACUACUCACUUGAGUUCCUUAUAUUUGACCUAAUUUAACUGGUGAAAUUUAAAUUGAAUUUAUGAGCUCAUCUUCAAAACUUCUGCUAAAAGAUUUUCAGCUGUUCCAAGUGGGACUUACUAACAGUAUGUAUAUAAAAAGAUCACAUCAGUCGAUGAGAGAUAUUUGAUCCCUUGUUUGCUUAAUAAAUUGUAAAAUGAUGGCUUGGAAAAGCAGGCUUACACUCUAACCAUGGUGCUAUUAUUAGGCUUGCUUGUUUAAACACAGGUCUAAGCCCUAGUAUAUGAAUAAAACAAAUACUUAUGUUUCAUUUCUA